AUGGAUGUCGAUUCUCCUGAUGAAAUGUCAAUUGGCUUUGACUUUUUAACUGAAGAAGAAGAAUUACCGAAAAGUCCGAAUGAAAUAUUUAUCAAACAAACUUUACUACCAUCACCCAUAAUCACCAACAUUAUACCAAAGUUUAGAGUACAAAUAAAUAAGCCGUUUAAGGGUGUCACCAGUGUGCUAUUUAACGAUGAAGAAUAUCAGACAUUGAUACCAAAAGAGGAAGAUUCUCAAAUGGAUGCAUUUAGUGAUAAUGAAGACUUUGAUGAUGAUUUAUUAAUGGAGACCACACAACAGAAUAUUGCCGAACCUGAAAUUAAGAAACACAAUAUCCUAAAAGAGAUUCAAGUUAUAGUGAAACAUCUGGCACUUUUCAUUGAUGGAAUAGAAUUUUUGACAAAAUCCGAGAUACGAUCGUCGUGUAUUAUAAAGGGACUUAAAGAUGAAACUAAUGAAGAAGAAGAUAUGCUAUUUAUAUCAUUAAAAUCGGGAUAUUUGUUACUUCUCAAGUUAUAUUACGUUCCCAGGCAUUACAAGGAUACAGACUAUGAAUAUCAAUCGUACAAAGAAGUGACUCCCGAGGGCAAUUCAAUAUUCAAACCGUUUGUCGUACAGUGGUGGAAUACUUCUGGUGGUAUCCCAACCCCGUUCCUAGAAUCAUCGGGUCAUCUUUUAAGAUCAUCGGCUUCCGGUUUGUCGACAGUUUCUUGCUCUGCAUCUAGGUCAUUCAGAUUGUAUAUGACGCAAAAUUCGAAAAAUGGCUCAAUGUUGAGGAAUCAUGUAAAUGUCAGCCUAGAUGGAGAAUUGUUAGAUGGGUGUUUCAUUGAACCCAACACAAAUUCAAAGACAGAUAUGUUUAUGACAUUGAUAUUUACUCAUUAUAGACGAUUACAAAUUGAGUUGUUUUCUUGGAAUAAUUUUGAAGGAUUAUCUCAAAGUUUUUCAAAAUCCAUAUUACCAUUAAUGAAUACAUUUGAAAUUCCAGUAUUUAUAAUUCCAUUAAAGAAUAAUGCAAGUUUUUUAUUUGUGACUCCCUCCCACUUUACAGUUGUAACAAUACAUCACAUAAUAUCAGCCCAAUACAAUUUCAGUUCUAGUAGAACUCCUUGGACUUCUGCAUUUCCCACUAGUUACCACAUACCUAACCAAUCCACCAUAUCAACAGACAUUGAUAAAAUAGACCAAAUAUUCAUAUCCACCGAUGCAGGAAUCGUACAUUCAAUAUUAAUCUCAAAUAAUAACGUAGUCUCACAUGAUCCUAUACUACGAGUUUAUGAUAAAAUCUCCAUCUUCACAUUAGAGAAACAAAAAGAUAAAUAUCGAUUCAUUUACAGCAGUGACACGGGAUCUAGUAAAGAUCUUUUGAUUCCUCAUCUUUUCACAAAAGAAGAUUUCUGUGAUCUAGAUAGCUUGAGUAAAUUGCCGUACACCAACGCCAGACUUGUGAAAGAUUUCAAAAACUGGUCUCCGUUAGUGGACGUAGAAAUAGUGGACUGCAAUAGACCGAAAAGAUCCAGACUUCCAGCACGACAAGAAGUUUGGGGGAUAAGUGGAUGUGGGAAGAAAUCUAAAUUAAAUCAAUUUCAACACGGCUAUUCUGCAAUUCGAAAAGGUAAUACAUAUUACAAACUACGGAAGGCUGAUAAGAUAUAUUACCUAAUUCAUAAUGAUAUUCCGUACACAAUUUGUUCAUUACCUUUUGAAUCGAUUUUAUUGGAAUUUCAGGAGAAUUCCCAGGAGUCAUUUGCAGAAAUCUCAAAUCCAAAAAUAAAUACCGCAGAAAUUACACUAUUAGCCACUGUUAUACCGACCGGUGAUGAUUCCCUCAUACUUCAAGUUUGCCCCGCGACUAUAACUAUUUCCAAUUUAGUCGACUUUAAGGAAACCAAGAAAUUCGACGAGUUUUCUAUUCUUUUCUGUGACAAGUAUCAAGAUCUACUAAUUGUAAUAACUGAUUCUAAAGGAGUGAUAGAUUUGCGAGUUUGGAGACUUUCGGUGAUAGAAAAUGAAGAUGGCACAUUUUCUUCUGAAUUUCUAGAACCUAUUUCUAGUAGACAAAUUCAAUUCCAACCAUCGGCUUUGAAAGUCUUUAGAAUGCAGGACGAAACAAGGAUUGUUAUUGGUACAUUCGACGGCGAGCUAAUUUCAUUCAGUAUAGAUAAUAAUACGAUUCAGGAGAAUCGUACAUACAACCUAAAUCAACUUUGUCCUUACACAAACGAUGAAACCAUCAGUUUAGAUUUAGUGAUCCCUCACGAGAUUAUAGUCAUAGAGAAUAGCCUAUAUAUUGGUUCUAAAGAGGGUCAUUAUAUCCAACUUGAAAUACAAGGCGAUUUCAUAUCGUGUAAGCGCUUUUUAAGAAUCGGUGAACGAGAGGUAACUUUUUGUGUCCUGCAAGACCCGAAGCUUAUAUUCAUUAAUUGUAAGAGUUUGUGGUUGGUAAAUCAUUACGAAUCGCUGUUCCCGACUCCAGUUUGCUUUGAUGAUAAUUAUGAAAGGCUGGUGAGAUGUUCCGUGGAGAUCGCUGCAGACAAUGACAAUAGCAAGUCUAUAAAACUUAUUGUAAUACGUGAGAAUGGAUUGGUUCUUGUCAAUAUUUCUACAUUUGCUGAAUCAGUAGUAAGACAAACCUCCAUAUCAGAGAAUGCUAAAAAGUUAAGAUACCUUCUGCAUAUCGAGGUAUUUCUUAUACUUUGUAAAUCGAGAAAUCCGAAAAACAGACUCAAAGGUAUAGAUCGAAAGUCUAUGAAACUUUUAUCCACCAGAGAAUCCACACUAAGAAAUAAGAACCCCGAAGAUUCUAUAUUUGGUAAGAAUGAAUACCCAAUUUCUUCAUGUAUAUGGGAGGUACCAGUUGGAAACCAAAGAACAACCAAGAAGGUCCUAGUUGGAUGUUCGAUAAUUUCUGAAAGCGGAGCUGAACAAGGAGCUGUCAAAGUGCUUGAUCUAAAGAAAACAAAAUCUUCUGAUGGACUGACGGUUGUAAGCAUAGUUGAGCUAACAUCAUUUGAACAGGAGGGACCAGUUACCAAUAUCCAACAGCUGAAUCAGAAUAUUAUAUUUGCAAGUGGAAAACGUAUUUAUCACACCAGCUACAAUGAAAAUGAAAAAAGGCUAACUCCAGUGAAGUUUUUAGAAGCACUUCCAAGUAAUAUUGUAGCUUUGGACUUAAAAGAUGAUCUGCUAUUGGUGACAACUAAAGUUGACUCGAUCUAUAAAUAUCAAGUUCCCAAAUCUGGUUUCCCAUUGGGUUAUAUAAGCAGUGAUACGUUUCCGAACAGUUUUAUCAACCAUGUCGAAUACAAUUCGCAAAUUGUGGCAGGCGAUAAGACCCACUCCUCCAUAUCUGUAAUUGAACUAGAGGAUAAGAAACAUUCAUCGGCAAGAAGGAAAUUUAAACUCUCGCAUAUACCUCGUGUCUAUCUUGCCAACUUGAACAAUAAUUGGACAGACACGAAUGACCUAACCGUUCUUUGCGCUGGGAUAAAUGGAGAAUUGGUAAGUUUUAGAGGUGUUAGACAUGACGAUCAUGAGUUGCUGGUUUUGUCCGAAAACUUACAUGAUGGAAAAGGUUCAAGUGUAUCACUGUGGGACAGCACUCUUCGAAAAUUGGAAAUACCGUUUGCAAAUAAAAUUGGUGGCACUGGUUUGUUAUCGAUGAAUAAACCGAUAUUUGAUUAUUGUGAGAAUAGAGAGAAACUUGUUGAUUACGAUUUAAACGAAGUUUCCAAAGUUUGUAUAUCAAAAAUAAGUUUAUAA